UCCUCUCUCUCUAUCUCCCUAUAUCCUAUCGUGUCUCUACCUCCCCGCAAUCCCAUCGGUUUUGAGCUCACAAUGGGACGCCUAAAGCCGAAGGCUGCGUGCUGCUGGAGGCUGGGCAGUGCGGGCUGGGUGUCCGUCUGUCUGUGAGCAUUGCUGCUGCUGCUGCUGCCUGUCAGUCCGCAUUUGGCAGCCCGCCUCUUCUCCUGCCACCCUAUACACACUAGAUGCAUUUUUCUGGCUUGCCGCGAUGGUUGGGCCCUGGAUAUUUAAGUCUGAGAGCUAAGAUGUACCAUUGCUGCUCUGCAGUCACGUUCGACCAGGACUUAAACAAGAAAAUGCAGAUGUGGAUACUACAGACGAUUGCAUUUGCUUUGACAUCCCUGGUUCUCUCUUGGGCAGAAACUAUUGAAUCGUAUGGAGAGGUGUGUGACAAUUGCCCUUGUGAGGAGCGAGAUGGCAUUUUGUCAGUGAAUUGUGAAAACAGGGGGAUCAUUAGCCUUUCGGAGAUCACUCCUCCACGUUUUGCUAUCUACCAUCUCUUCCUGUUUGGGAAUCUGUUGAACCGCUUGUACCUGAACGAGUUUGUCAAUUACAGUGGGGCUUCUAUAUUACAUCUGGGGAAUAACGACAUCCAGGAGAUUGAGACGGGCUCAUUUAACGGGCUGCAGGGUCUAAAGAGGCUGCAUCUGAACAAUAACAAGCUGGAACUUCUUAAAAAUGACACCUUCCUCGGUCUAGAGAGCCUGGAAUAUCUGCAGGUCGAUUAUAAUUAUAUCAUCUCCAUCGAGCCCAACACCUUUAGCAGGCUCCACACUUUACAAGUCCUGAUACUCAACGACAAUCUCUUGUCCAGCUUGCCCAACAAUCUCUUUCGUUUUGUUCCCCUGACACAUUUAGACUUGAGAGGAAACAGGCUGAAAGUGCUUCCCUUUGUUGGCUUAUUAGAACACAUGGAUAAGGUGGUGGAGCUACAACUAGAGGAGAACCCGUGGAACUGCUCGUGCGAAUUAAUUGCCCUGAAGGAUUGGCUCUAUAGCAUCUCUUACUCUGCCCUAGUCGGUGACGUGGUUUGUGAAACUCCUUUUAGACUGUAUGGGAGAGAUCUGGAUGAGAUAUCCAAGCAGGAGUUGUGCCCCAGGAAACUGAUCCCCACUUAUGAGAUGCGACCUCCCGUCCCCAGGAGUACCAACGAGUACUUCCACACCACCCCCGCCUCUGUCAAUUCGGGGGCCACGAUCUCCUCUUCUGUUUACAAAAACCCCACCAAACCCAAAAGCACACGGCAGCCUACACGAUCCAGAGUGCGAGCCACUUCUCACCACCCUCCCAAAGAAAAUGGUUACAUUGCUUAUCAGACCAAAUCCCCUGUGCCUUUGGAGUGUCCUACAAACUGUACCUGCAAUUUACAGAUCUCCAAUCUGGGACUAAACGUCAACUGUCAGGAGAGAAAGAUUCAGAGCAUCUCCGAUUUACACCCGAAACCUUAUAACCCCAAAAAGAUGUACCUGACAGGUAAUUAUAUCACUCUGGUUCGCCGAUCUGACUUUAUUGACUCGACUGGCUUGGACCUCCUGCACCUUGGGAAUAAUCGCAUCUCAGUCAUCCAGGACCGAGCCUUUGGGGAUCUGACUAAUUUACGCCGGCUCUAUUUAAAUGGCAAUUCCAUUGAAAAGCUGACACCGGGCUUGUUUUAUGGCCUUCAGAGCCUUCAAUAUUUGUUCCUCCAAUAUAACUCCAUUAAAGUUAUAGAACGUGGGACGUUCGAGGCCGUUCCAAACCUGCACCUUCUAUUCCUUAACAACAACCUCCUGAAAUAUAUGCCAAGUAACAUUUUCUCGGGAUUGAGCCUCUCCCGGCUUAACAUGCGAAGUAACCACUUCUCGCAUUUGACGGUGAGCGGUGUGCUGGACCAGCUCAAGUCCCUGGUGCAGAUCGACCUCCAUGAGAACCCCUGGGAUUGUACGUGCGAUGUGGUCGGCAUGAAGCUCUGGCUGGAGCAGCUGAGCGUCGGGGUCUUGGUGGACGACGUGAUCUGCAAGACCCCUAAGAAAUUCUCAAUGAAGGAGAUGAGAUCGAUCAAAGCCGAUCAGCUUUGCCCAGAUUACUCUGACAUCGUGGUUCCCACGUCUACUCCUUCAGAGGAGCAGCCCCCAGAGAGCACCACCGCGUUUAUUUAUCCCAUUAAAGUCGACAACAAAGUGCCGAGCUCAGUGCCCUUGUCUGUGCUCAUACUGAGCCUGCUCUUGGUUUUCAUUAUGUCUGUGUUUGUGGCUGCAGGGCUCUUCGUCCUUGUAAUGAAGAGAAGGAAAAAAAAUCAGAAUGAGCCAGCCAGCACAAAUAACUCAGACGUGAGCUCAUUCAACAUGCAGUACAGCGUGUACAGCAACCGACCUCUGCCCAAAGUCAAGACCCCGGCCGGCCAUGUCUAUGAGUACAUCCCCCACCCUCUGGGUCACAUGUGUAAAAACCCCAUCUAUCGAUCGAGGGAAGGCAAUUCUGUGGAUGAUUACAAAGAUCUCCAUGAGCUGAAAGUCACCUAUAGGAACCACCUGGAAGAAGAAAGAGAGAGCAACCUGAGGAGCCCUGGCUACAGUGUCAGCACCAUCGAGCCAAGGGUUGAGCUUUCACCUGUGCAAGAUACAGAUCGUGUCUACAGAGGGAUCCUAGAACCCGACAAAGGACCUACACCCGGGACUAACAUUGAAUACAAGUAUAGCAACCCCCCACCGUUUACCUAUACCCCAAAAUACGAGGCAAAGCGUCAGUUUCUGCAUCCAGACAGGUUAAGAGAAGCUGUGCUUUACAGCACCCCUAGUACUGUCUAUGUGGAACCUAAUAGGAACGAGUAUUUGGAAUUAAAAGCUAAACUUAAUGUUGAGCCGGACUACCUCGAAGUGCUGGAAAAACAGACAACAUUUAGCCAGUUCUAGACUCCACCAUCUACACUAUUAUCUCUGAAACAAAGGACUACUCGAGGAUUUUGUUGCUUCAACCUACGGAUGAAGUGCCUUGGCACAAGAUUUUCAGCUGCAGCAAAUUCUACUGAAAGGGUGUGCAAUUUUCUCCUCUCUUUCUUCUUUUUUUUUUUUUUUAGGACAACCAUCAAUUGUACAAACUGGGCACAACACUUACUGUUCGAAAGCGUUCCUCCUAUUACUGCAGUCUGAGAAUUAAAGAGUUGGAAUCACUCUUGGUGCUAGGAGGUAUCUAUGAAGAGUAUACCAUGCUAUAACCCUUCAGACAAGGGUGGGUCUAAAUGACUUUUCUGGUGUUUUAGCAACUCCCUCCCCCUACGUUUAAUAUAAAAGGUCCAUUUUUACAGGAUGUAUUUGUAUGCUCUCCAGACUUUUGAAGCUCAAGCUAAAUGAUGUAAGCUAUUUACGAUCUUUAUGCAUCACCAUAGAUGGUGUAAGCAAAAUUCUGAAGUGCAAAGACAUAGAAUCUAUAACUUGGGUAGUCAAAAAUAAUUUAUUGUUGAAAUACGAAAUAUUUUAAUGUAGCACCUAUUUUUAUAUGCACAUUAGCAUUUCUUCUUCUUUUUUUUUUUCUUCUUCACUAUUCUUGUCUUUGAUUUGCUCAAAUGUGUUGCACUACAUAAAAGACACUGAGAUCCUGAGCUGUUAUAUGAAAAUUUGGCUAUGACAAUUCUACACGUUAAAAAAGUGACCAAAUAGUGAGUGUUUUAUGGCAAGUUUGUUGAUUGGUAUUGGUGAGAUGGUUGUUCUAUGAGAUGUACCUAGGAAAUGCUAAGUCAAAUCUAUAAUUGGGCACUUCAUAGAACUGAAUAGUGAGGGAUAUACAGGGAUACCCGGUUUUAAAAAGGGAAAAAAAAAUAAUUUCAUUUCAUUAGUGAACCAAAUGUAAUUUCUCGACUACUGUUGUAGUCAAAUUUGAAUGCAUUGUACAGACUAGUGUGUGUCCUGUCACCUGGUAGGUUUGACAUAUGGAAAUGUUCAAGCUUGGGGCAAAAAAAAACAAUUGUUUUAUUUUUUCAUUUAUUAAUUCUUUUUCAAAGCAAGCAGUGUGCUAAUGCAUGUAAUCAACGUAAAAGAAUAACAUAUGAGCUGCCAUAGCCAUUCAGCAUGCAUUCAUGAAACUAAGGAUUUAUAAUCCUUUGAUUUGGUUUCUGCCAGUGGAUUGAAAUGGCACAAAUUCAAGUUUCAAAGAAUAUUAUUGUUAAUGAAUACAGUAUGAAUUGGCUACUCAUACCCUGCUGUAUUCCUUAAUCCUUAAUGCCCAAUUUGAGGUUAAGACGUGAAAUAAUUAGGAAUAUUUUUCAUUGUUUAGAGCAUGUUACAUUCAUUUUUCAAUUGCUAUUAAGAUGCCAUGACUGUUUCAUUUUUAUGUAAUGAUCACAUUAUUAUUUUUUUCUCAUGUAAUAUUUGAAAAACAGGGUAAGCUGUGACAUAGCACACAUCACACACACACAGACACACACACACACACACACACAUCACACACACACCUAGAAAAUUAAUCUGGAAUAAAUGGCACUGAGUGCAAAGUUCCUAAUCAGGAUUCAUUUUCCUCUGUUUGUGGAGGAUUCAUGAGAGCAUUUCUCUAAUAUUUAUGUAUUUUGAAAUCUUUAUGAUGUAAAAAAAAA